ACUCUGCAUCCAGCAAUGGAUUGUCUGCAUUACACUCAGCCAGUCAGUCAGUCAGAUGCCAUUGGCUCGUCAACUUCCAUUGGCUUCUCCGUGUCCAUGCCAUCCGCCCCGUUGACCACCUCCACCCCACUGCCGCUGCCGCUGCCGCUGCCAGGCUGCAGGAGGUCCGAUGCGCCCGAUGGCUUGACGCGCUUGCGCGGGAGAGGGCCAGUCACACCAUCCACAGCAUCACUCACAGCGUAUGGCGGGGGGCACUCCGGCUGCCGCUCGUGGGGGUGGCUCAUCAAGUCCUGACACACACAUGGUCAACCAACACAUUCACACCCACUGCACGGGACGAGACAAGAUGAUUGAGGUCACGCUUGGCUCACAUCGUGAGUUCGCUUGUUGGCCUGUGGCACUGCAGCAGCCGCAGCGGCAGUGGCCCCCUGACAUACACAUGGAGACACACACGCAGAGCAGAUGACACCAACAAAGUGCGUUCUGCUUACCAUGCCUGCCGAGGGUCCACUUGCAGAGUGGCUUCCACUCUCAUCACCAACGCCAUCGGAACCACCUGAACACAACCAGCAGGUUCGCUCCUCCAUCCACUCUCCACUUUCACUCUCACUCUCACUCGGACCUGUGGGAAUCGCCUGGUUGAGCUGCGGGAUCAGCCAUGCAUCGCUGCCCAUCCGCGCGCGAGCCAGGGCCGCCGCCUGGGGAUUGCCCCCGACGCCCCCAUCGUCGUGGGGGUCCUCAGUGCUGUAAAGGCCGAUGGAUAUCUCCCCCCGGUAGUGCUUGCUCAUGCGCACGUAUACCGCGAAGGCGUCGUCUGGUCCGUCACCACGCAAGAGGACGAAUCGGCAUCGGUGAGGGUUCUCGCAGGCGGCGCUGUCGGUGCUGCCGAUGGUGCGGCCGCCCCACAGUGGCGUCCCGGGUCGCUGAGCGGUGAGCUCACCGAUGCGGGAGGAGGCAGCAGACGACGGAGGAUGACGGGCCACCGUCACACUCUCCCAAGGUCCCCCAUGGAGCAUACUAGAAGAUCAAAGGAGGGAAGGCACGGAAUGCGACACGCUGCCUUAUUGUGAUCGCAUGCGUUUGUUGCGUAUAUACCGAGUCAUCACAAUCUCGCGGAAGCUACGAUACUCGUGAUAGAUGCCUGCAGACGGACAGACAGACGAACAGACAGACAGACAGACAGACGGACAUCGAAAAGUGAGCAUAACACCUGUUCAUGCCUCUUACAUCGGCACGGAGGGUCGCUAGGGUCGAAGGUAUCUCUGUACUCGGCCGGCACUGUCUCAGGUGUGUGCACCCUCACCGGUAUCCCGCCCAGCCGCUCCCGACAAACAACCCAUGUCCGACCCCCCCACACAACCUCACCCGCCGCCCCCCGUGUCAGCCCCAAGUCGCCAUCUAGGCGAUUGCCGAAGAGGCCAUACUGCCGCAUGCUCGCCAGUCGGCUGUCGAUAUCCUCCUUGGUGCCCGCACGCCUCACAUCGCCCUCACCCAGCUGGAGGGGCAGCUGUUGGAUCCGCUUGAGGUUCUUGGCAAGCCGCAGCAGCGCCACACUCCCCGACCAGUCGCCCCCCACCUCUAUCACGUACCGCAGACGGAUCAGCCGAAACACACGCCGGCGACUGGCGGACUGACGCAGCGGCUGGUAGUCGAUGAUGCUCUCCAGUCUUUUGCUCUUGAUGAGGCCGUCGAUGGCCGACGUCACGGCGGUCUCGACUGCACUGCUGCCGGCGUGUGACGUGCUGGCCAUGGUGUUGCUGAGCUGGGCGAGGGUGGUGGCCUCCUGGCCCUCUGCACCGAUCCAUCCGGCGAGUGUGUGGUGGAGCUCCGGUGGCAGGCCGUACAGCCGCUGCACGAACAAGUGUGGGGUGGAGGGGACGGCACCAUCACCAGCACCACCACCACCAGCGGCGGCGGACGACGACGACGUGAGUGCGAACAUCUUGAAGUUGCCCUCCAGCUGCACGCACCGCAUCGCAUCGCAUCGAUCACACACACGCAU